AUAAACCUCCUGAACAAGUCUUGUAUUCAGAUUUUUACAUGUGGAUCCUAGCACGACGUCGUUUAUCGACUUUAUCAUCAACUUCCACCGGUAGGUUACGUAGGUAAAUGGGUUUUAGCGAUGUCUGCAAAACCUCUUCUAUCAAAGACACUCCAAUGCUAUGCUCUUUACGUUUCACUCUCUGUCAACUGUCUUAAUCCAUGGAUGUUCUCAUUCCUCCACACCCUAAAAUACCUCUUCUUCUCCCAGGAACUUCACCUUUCUCUCCCAAAUUCCCCAUUAAAGCUUGGAGCAAGAGAACCCCAUUUAGGUACAACAUCCCCAGCUCGAAUUUCCGCAAGAACCCGUCAUUUCCAAUCUAUUUAACAUCACGUAACAGCAGAAAGUUCCAGGUGUUUGCAAAUUUUGGCCGACCCACGAGUCGCCGGAACUCGCUGAGGAAGAAGCUCGUUGAUUAUCAACAGGUGCGUCACAAACCCAGCUCUGAUUUCGAAAAACCAAAUCUUGUUUCGGAUGAUAGCGGUAUUUUAAAAGAUGAUUUGAAUUUUGGUGGUGCAAAAGGGCGUGACUCUGAUCAUGGUGGUGGUGUUGAUGGAGCUGAAAAUGGUGGAAGGGAGGAAUUCAAGUCAAAAGGUUUGGGUGAAUCUGUAUUGUGGAAUAAGUUAGAGAAUUGGGUUGACCAGUAUAAGAAAGAUAUCGAGGAUUGGGGUAUUGGGACGGGUCCUAUUUUUACGGUUUUUGAGGAUUUGGAAGGGAAUGUCAAGUGGGUUUCGGUUGACGAGCAUGAAAUCUUAAGAAGAAGCCGUGUUGAUCGACGCGAAUUGGAGGACUCAGCGGAAGUGAACCUGAAAAUUCUGCGUGCCGAGAGUUUGGUUAGAGCGAUGGAGAGUGGGAAGGAUGUGAUUCCAAGGAAUAGUUCGGUGGCGAAGUUUGUUGUUCAAGGCGCGGAGUCUGGUUUUGUUAAGGCGAUUCGGAUUUUUACUCUUCCGCCUGAGCUGCUCCCGAAGCUCCCGAGGGUUGGUAGAACGGUGUUGUUUGUAUUUGUUGUUUUGUGGGCAGUGAAGAAGUUAUUUACUUUUGGGGAUAAGGAGGUUCACCAUACGGAAGCUGAGAAAGAAAUGAUGAGGAGAAAGAUAAUGUCGAGAAAGGAGAAAGAGAUGUUGGAGAAGGUGAGCGUGGAGGUUGUUCAAGAAACUUCAGAACCGCCCACUCUGUUUGUUGAGAAGCCUAAGCUUGAUAAGGAAGAACUUUUGGGUAGUAUUUUGAAAGCCAAGGCACGCACUGAUAAAUUGUCAAUAGGACACGCAUCUGGUACUCUGACUGCCAAAUCUACUGACUUGGAUAAUAAAAUUCAGGAAAUCAGACAAAUGGCCAGGCGUGCGAGGGAAAUUGAGACUGAUAGAGGUGAAAAAGAAAAGCAGGUUGUGAAUAAUGAACUAUCUACUGAGAUAGAUCUGGUCAAUAAGCAUAGUGAAGAGGAUGAGGGGUCUUUAACUAAUCUUCCAAAUGGAAAUUCAGGGCAGACUCAUGGUAUUUAUGGAACUGUAAAGAUGGGAACUUUGGACGAAUCCAAAUUUGAUGAUACUGGAUUUCUCAGUAUGGUCACUUCCAUAGAGGACAGGGAUAUGCAAGACUGUAGUACUCCAAGUGGAGAAGUUUCAGAUUAUAGGCAAAGCACUACGCAGGAUUGUAAAGAUAGUGAAAGUGCUUUGCAGUUAACAGACACGCGAGAAGUCUUCCAAUUCUCUGAUACUCCUGAUGAUGAAUCAUGUAUGUCAAUGGAAAAUUCUAUCAGAACAAAGCCAAGAGUCAUACUAUCAGUAAAAGAAGCUAGAGACUAUCUUUCUGAAAAACGUGACAGCCUAAAGCCUAGCAUAGAAUCAUGCGUCAAAACUGUGCAAGAAAGUGCUGCUGUUUUGAGGCUUCCAAGUGAGGAGAAACUUAGUAGCAGUACAAGCCAUAAAAUGGACGUUCAUGACAAAGUGGCUGCCAUUUCAGGACAAACAUCAAAUUCUAUACCUUCCACAAAUGCUUGUGAAGCUUCUCUGAAGGAAUCUGUCCCAGCCAGCAAUGAUGAUUCUGAAGGUUUUGAGUUGGGAUGUGGAGUGGGAGAUCUUCAGAAGCCCCAAACUCCCUUAAAUCAUGAAGGUAAUGACAUCAAUACAGAGGCAGGAUCAUCUGCAAAGAUGGAAAACUGGAUAGAGACAAAUUUUCAUGAAGUUGAGCCCAUAGUAAAGAAGAUUGGAGUUGGAUUCAAAGAUAAUUACAUGGUUGCUAGAGAAAAAAAUAAUGAACAGCUCAAUAUAAAUACCAAAAUUUCACAGCUUGGUUUUAGUGAAGAUGAUAGUGAACUUGAGUGGAUGGAAGAUGAUAGUCUUAGAGAAAUUGUCUUUCAAGUCCGUGAAAAUGAAUUGGCGGGGCGGGAUCCAUUUCAUUUGAUGGAUGCUGAAGAUAAACAAGCAUUCUUUAGGGGUCUUGAGAAGAAAGUUGAGAAAGAGAAUGAAAAGCUGUCGAAAGUGCAUGAAUGGCUCCAUUCAAACAUUGAAAAUCUUGAUUAUGGAGCAGAUGGUAUCAGCUUGUAUGAUCCACCAGAAAAAAUCAUACCACGCUGGAAAGUGCCUCCUGUAGAAAAGAAUCCUGAGUUCCUCAAUAACUUCCUUGAACAAAGGAAGGCAUUUUUGGCUGAAAGCACUGGUAAUUCAUACCCCAUGAAGAAGGACCAGGAAUUUUCAAUUCAAAAAACAACAGAAUCACCCAUCUCUGGAAAUGUUGCUGCUUCUUUGCCAGCCCUUGAUCCAAACAAAAAAUUUCAUGAUGGGGAUCCAAAAAAUUCUAAGACAGUAGUUGAAGGCAGUGAUGGUUCUGUUAAAGCUGGAAAACAGUCAGGGAAGGAAUAUUGGCAACACACAAAGAAAUGGUCCCGUGGUUUUUUGGAGUCUUAUAAUGCAGAGACUGACCCCGAAGUUAAAUCAAUUAUGAAGGAUGUGGGGAAGGAUUUAGAUCGGUGGAUCACCGAAAAAGAAAUACAGGAAGCAGCAGACUUGAUGACAAAAGUAUCUGAAAGGAAUAAGAAAUUCAUGGAAAAGAAGCUCAACAAACUAAAAAGAGAGAUGGAAUUGUUUGGACCCCAAGCUGUAGUGAGCAAAUACCGUGAAUACGCAGAUGAGAAGGAAGAAGAUUACCUGCGGUGGUUAGAUCUCCCACAUGUCUUGUGCAUCGAAUUGUACACAGUUGAUAAUGGGGAACAGAGGGUUGGAUUCUAUUCAUUGGAGAUGGCUACUGAUCUUGAAUUGGAACCAAAGCCAUAUCAUAUGAUUGCCUUUGAAGAUGUUGGUGACUGCAAAAAUUUGUGUUAUAUCAUUCAGGCUCAUUUGGACAUGCUUGGAAAUGGCCAUGCCUUUGUUGUUCCACGGCUGCCUAAAGAUGCUUUUCGGGAAGCCAAAGGAAAUGGCUUCAGUGUAACUGUCAUCAGGAAAGGGGAGCUUCAGCUCAAUGUGGACCAAACACUGGAAGAAGUGGAGGAACAAAUAAUUGAGAUUGGGAGCAAAAUUUACCAUGAUAAGAUCAUGAAGGGACGCUCUGUUGAUAUAAGCUCAUUGAUGAAGGGUGUGUUUGGUGCCACUGGCAAACCCACAAAGAGAAAAGGCCCGAAGCGGAAGCUAAAUCAUGGCAAGAAAGAAGGAUGAUACCUGCCUCGUGCUCUUGGGUGGCAUGUUUAAAAGAAAAAAUGUUAUUUUUUUUUACUGACAAAUGGCAUAGCCGCAGCGAGUCUUUGACCCGACAUUUACCUGCCACUGCCAAGCCUUCUUCUUCCCAAGUACUCAAUUUCUGUUGCCAAUUCUGCUAGCAGGAGUUCAUGUUCGCAUGCAUUUGAUGGUGGCAAAAUUUUGGACGUCAAGCUGCAUAAAUUUUGGGAAGACAAAAAAUUUCCCAACUCAUGCACGAGAACGUACGGUAACUGCGUAAUUCAUAUGCAUUUUUGUGUUUAUUCCAGUCCAAAGAUGGUGGGACUGUGGCUGGAGCCAACUUUCAAGCUCCUGAUCAUGCGAUUGUCCAAGUUAUUUUUUGUUUAAGAUGUAUAGUAUUUUGUGAAACUGUAAACUUGUUACUGCUAAUAAAAGUAGUAUUAGCUAA